GGCGGUCAUAUAUAUGGAGCUCAUAUUUGGUAGAGAUACUUAACCAGGUACAAGGUAUCCCCCUGUAUAUAUCUGCCACGCCGUAGUAAAUCUCGAAAUACCCGCUCGAGCUCUCCUACUAAUUAUAUUAGCAAUCGUACUGUUUCGCUAAAGUACGAUGUUCCUAAUCGAGUACUCCUAACCCACAUUGAUUGUACGGUCACGGGUCAAAUGGCCAAACGGACCGCUCAGUACUAUUUCACGUUUCGCACAAACAUGGUGUUUGUGAUAUUUAUAAUUUUUACUUUACUGUCAAAACGGCAUCUGAUAUGUAGCGCUGAUGGUGGAAAAGGUAGUUUGGUGUUUGUUUUUGAUACGACGUGGUCGAUGUCAAACGAUUUGAGGCAGUUGAAAAAUGGCGCCGAAAUGAUACUGAAGACUGCUUUGGAGGAAAGUGACGUUAUAGCCGAUUUUGUUUUUGUGCCGUUUCACGACCCAGCUGUGGGUCCAGCAACGGUAACAAAAGACAAAGAGGUCCUAAAGGCGGCUUUGCAGAAGGUCCAGGUGUAUGGGGGCGGCGAUUGUCCGGAGAUGGCUUUGGGCGGUAUUCAGUUGGCUCUAAACGUCAGCCGGCCGCACUCUUAUAUAUAUGUGUUUACUGAUGCAACAGCGUUUGAUCAUCAUUUGAUCGGACAGGUGUUGGAUGCAGUGCAGAGGAAGCAGAGCCAGGUUGUGUUCGUACUAACAGGGCAUUGCAAUGAUCUCCAAAAGCCGACAUACAAAGUGUACCAACAAAUAGCAGCAGCUAGCGCGGGACAAGUAUUUAAUUUGAACAAGACCAAUGUUCAUAAGGUGUUGGAUUUCGUCCGAAGCUCUAUAAAAGGCCGAUCAGUAAAUCUAGUUUCAACUGUGAAUCCUCCUGGAUACAAUCAGACGCAAAAGAUCCCGAUAGAUAACUCAGUGAAUGAAGUGACCGUCUCCGUGUCGGGAGGCAAACCCCAGAUACGAGUGGUGAAUCCCAGCGGCGAAGAGUUGACUGGGCCACCGCAGUUAGUCGCCACGCUUGAUCUUUCAGAAAUUAUGAUCGUAAAAGUCGUAGAGCCCGAGCCGGGCAACUGGAGCAUAACGGUAGGCAGUUCUUCUGAACAUUCUGUCAAAGUUGUGGGACUGUCCAACUUGACAUUCAGUCACGGCUUCUCAGUGCUGCCUCCCUCAUCCAUGGCGGACACCAGCUAUCGACCUUUACGGGGUACCUAUAACUACCUGGUAAUAUCUCUAAGCGAUAAUUCAAAUGUAACUGAAAAUAUAAAUUAUGUGGAGGUAUUAAGUUUAAACGGAAAGACGUUGUUCGAAGUUCCGCUCGAUUUGUUGGAUAACAAGACAAAUCUAUACGUAACGAGAGCGUUUUUGCCGCCAGAUGAAUGGUUCUAUAUUUCUAUAAAUGGAGUUGACAAGAAUGGCAAUAGUUUAAGAAGAGUGGGCGCUACUGCAGUGCAAGCCAGGUCUCCUGAUACUCCGUAUUUGGCCGUAACUCAGAAGAUAGAGGCGCAAGCGCACGAUCGAAUAGUGUUGAUGUGUAAAGUGGAGAGCCUCGUCCCAGUCACGGCGGGGUGGCACAGAGACGGACAGACAAUGCAGUCGAACAUUUCCAGUCUGCAAAGUACCUCAGUGCAAUACGUGAUACAAGAUAUGUCGGAACUGGACGUCGGCACAUAUGAAUGCGUUGCCGACAACGUUGCUGGAUUGUCUUCUGCGGUGACUGUCGUAGAUCUAAUAGUGGAACCUCCUCAAAUUAUAGUGUCGCCACUUAAUACUACAGUCGUGAUAGAGGGAAAUCUGACUAUUUCGUGUUCAGUAAUUAGCGACACUUCACUCCAAAAAGCAUUUAUAAUUUUUAACGGAACAGACCACAACUAUGAUAUUCACUUCGCGUUGGAGUAUAAUUCUGAUGGAGUAUACUCUUUCACUAAAACGAUACGAAAUGCGACAGAACGAGACCAAGGAAUGUAUACGUGUGUUGCGAUUAAUAAGGGUGGGUCUUCAAACUCAUCUACUCACAUCAGCAUCCAAUCUCAUCCCCUGGCCCACAUUCUCGGGCCGCACACGCUGACACGCCAAGCGCACACACGCGCGCAGUUCGUGUGUUGUAUAGAGAACGCCCAGCAAAUGUAUUGGAUGGACCCAAAGAAAAAUAUCCUGAACCAAGUCAACGUGAACGGCUCUUAUAAUGCACUUUUAGAUAUACAUGAUGUUAUGGAAGAUGGCGUUUGGACGUGUGUCGCCGUCAGAUACAAUUAUACAGCUUCCGACUCAAUAGAACUUCGUGUGCUAAUCAAACCGGAGGUUAAAAUAGAGGGCUCUCAUAAUAUAACUGUUUUAAACGGAUCGGUAGCGAAAGUCGAGUGUAUAGUACUUGCCAAGCCGAAACCGCGGAUUCUGUGGCACAUGGAAACUGAACGAUUUCUUCCACACGAAGUUACUAUAGUAUCGUCAAAUCAAUAUAAAAGCGUGCUAACAUUGGACAGCACCAAAGAGCCUGUAAAUGGAACUUAUUUCUGCUUUGGGGAAAACUCUGAAGGGAUCGAGCAGGACAGCAUCACCGUGCGCGUGAGACGAAAAAUGAUUUUGGUCGAGGGCUUCAGGGAUCAAUCGGUGGAAAUCUACUCAAAAGUUAAACUGGCAUGCCGAGUAGACUCGUAUCCUCCACCAAAAAUAUCGUGGUUUCACAAUAAUACACAGCUUCGAGCCGAUUCCACCAAGAUGCUAAAUUUUUCUAUAACAAUAGAGGUGGUAGAUUUCGACGAUCUCGGCUCGUACUCGUGUGUUGCUGAAAAUGAGUAUGAAGUCCUACAGGUGAACGCAAACCUCAUGGUUAAAGGUUUGGAUGUUCCCAGGUUAUCAAAAGUCCCAGCCAACAUCGUCACUCAAAAAGGAAAAUCUGUUGUUUUGACAUGUAGGGUUCUCAAGGGCAACCCCAAACCAACUCUAUCAUGGCAGCACAGACGACACAACUCGACAAAUUAUACAAGUUUGCCAAACGAUGUUCUCAUUGAUGGAAAUGAUUUAAAUAUAUCGAGUGCCAAUACAGAGGUUGAAGGCACGUAUCGGUGUGUCGCACAAAAUAUUCUAGGAAAAGAUCAAUAUGACAUCGAGCUGAUUGUUCAAUACCCACCAGAAUUAAAAAGGCCAGAGGAUCUCAAGUCCAGUCCAAUGAAUAUAAAACUCGGUGAUAAAUUGAAACUCAGUUGCGAUGUGAUUGGGAAUCCGACGCCCGUCGUUGUUUGGACAAAGGAUUACCAGACGAUUGCCUUCUCUAAGAAUAUAUAUCUGAGUGAAGGUAACGAUCUAAUGAUACGCAAUGUGACUGAGUAUGAAAACGGUAUUUACUCUUGUGAAGCCGUGAGUCCAUUGGGCUCCGUGACCAACAACUUUACAAUUAAUGUUUAUCAGCUUCCCGAAAUUGAGUCAAACGCAGAUCACGAGAAGGAAAUAUUAGAAGGUCAACUAGUUCAGUUUCCCUGCCUCGCUCGGGGUCUACCGUUCCCCACUAUAAAGUGGACACAUAAUGGGAAACCUAUAUCUGAGAGACGAAAGUUUAUUGAUGAAUAUGGAAUUAGAUUUGUAGCGAAUUUAACCGACUUCGGCGAAUACGUGUGUGAAGCGAGCAACGGGUAUGGCUCCGUCACUUUCAACUUCACUCUGUAUGUUUGGGUGGCGCCCUCAAUCGAUCCGCCUCUCGAAGUAAAUUUAAAUAUACGAGUUGCGGACAAUGCGACAUUAAACUGUGAUGUCGUCGGGUUUCCGGUUCCAACUAUAGCUUGGGAGUUCAAUGAAAAAUCACUUCAAGCUAAUACUACAAGUAUGAGUUUCAACGAUGUAGGCAAUUUAUUUUUACACGACGUGACCUUGGGUAUGGAAGGAGAGUUUGCGUGUGUCGCUGAAAACGUUGCCGGUGUAGCCAUUAAAACUUUUUAUGUAAUUGUUGAAGAACGCCCCGUUUUCGACACUGAAAGCUUAGAUGAGUAUAUCGGAAUAGCUGGAAAAGACCUAUCUAUGGUACUUAGUUGUAAAGCGACAGGGAAACCUCGCCCUUAUAUGCUUUGGGUAAAAGACGGGGUUUAUUUAGACAGCGAUUCCCGAUAUGAAAUUAAUGACGAAGGUACUUUAACGAUAAAACAGCCCCAAUUGGAGAUGAGUGGCAACUACACAUGUAUCGCUAAGAACUCUCUUGGAAAUAUCAGUAGAAUUGUUCAAGUACAUGUUUAUUCUAUGCCAACCCUCCAAUCGGACGAAGCUCAAUCGUCAGUGAGAGACCUCGUCGAGGGUACCAGUGCAGUAUUGGAGUGUCCCGUCCGGCACAGCGAACGUGUCAUAUGGUAUAAGGAUGCAGUUUUAAUAGCGAACGGCUCUCUAGCAUUUCCAAACGUGAGCCGAUCCGUCUCCGGACAAUAUGCGUGCGUCGUCACUAACAGGGUUGGCUCCACCCAUGCUUUGGUCACUGUGAACGUUGUGUGGCCUCCGAGCUUUAGGAAUCGACCGGAAAAGGAAGUGCAGCUCUUGAAGGGUGAUGACGCAUUCUUUGACUGUUCCUCUGAUGCUAAUCCACGGGCGAAAAUACAAUGGUUCUUCGAGUCCAAAUUGCAAGUAGGAGAGGACGGGCACAAGUUGAAGGUGAUGAACGCUCAGACACGCGAUAGUGGAAUAUAUAAAUGUGUAGUUAGCAACGAGUACGGAAGCGUAAUUAGAGAAUUUAAGUUAGAUUUACUAGUUCCGCCAUACAUUUCUGAAUUUGAUCUGCUCGAGGUGUAUUUGAAAGAAGGGACGAACGCCACUCUCGAAUGUAAGGCGGAGGGAUAUCCCCGACCCGAGAUAUCGUGGACUUUCGAAAACGCGAAUUGGCAUAUUGUUAACUUGACUCUUACAUCGACAAACGUAUCUAUACGGUCUGAAGACAUUUUUCGCUGUGAUGCGAAGAACAAAGCCGGAGUCACGCACCUAGUCUACAAAGUCACUAUAGUUAGUGCUGCCAGAGUCAAAAAUAUUGCCUUUUUUGUAGGAGGAGAAGGAAAUAAUGCAGAGAAAAGUGUGGACGUAGCUCUCAAGAAUAAUGUGCGAAUAUCCUGCUCUGCUACUGGUAAUCCUCUUCCGACCAUCCAAUGGUUUCGAAAUGGUAAAAAAGUUAGCCAAAAUAUCGCAAAUAUUCCUUACGCCGAUCUCUCCCUUGCCGACGUGACAUUGACUCAGGCAGGCAAAUAUACUUGUGUUGUUGCGAAUGAGGGUGGAAUCGACGAGAGGGAUAUAAGGGUCAACGUUCUUGAACCACCAAGUAUUUUUGGAAGUCUGUCGCAGAAUGUAAACGAGACAAAUAUAUUAAACUUGGAUGUGCUAUCGGAACAAUCUUUUUACAUGCAUUGCCAUGCAUACGGAAACCCUGUGCCCGAAAUAUACUGGUUCAAGGAUGGUUUGCCAUUAAAAUUAUAUGAUGAGAGCAUGGUGUCCGAGGAUUUCGGGGAAGUUAUAGUUGUGCGGCGGGCUGAAGAAGAACACACUGGAAAUUACACGUGUGUGGCCAGAAACAGUGUUGGGGAAGCGAGCGUCGUGUACCUGGUUGAUGUUUUAGUCGCUCCACCUCAGCCGAAGGACGACACGAAACAUAUAAGUAUUCAUAUGGGACAAUUAUUAAAUCUGACAUGUCCUGCGACGGGUCGCCCUCUGCCCCACGUGACCUGGGUCAAACAUCCCUACACCGAGCUGGAACCAUCCGCCAAAAUAAAUCUGUCAAGGGAUAACUACACUUUAGCCAUAAACAAUACAGACGUGCUCGAUAGCGGCAAAUAUUCCUGUGUAAUGACCAACAAAGUUGGGGCCACCGAGAUAAUAUUCGACGUGGUGGUUCAGAAAGCGCCUUCUAUUGCGCUCAGUGGAAACGCUUCCGAGAAACACGUGAUCGCGUUGCGACGCAGCAUUGUAUUGAAAUGUGAGACUGACGGGAAUCCUCCACCGAGGAUUACUUGGUUGAAGGAUAUCCAAAGGCUGCAUGAGAAUUUGCCAAACGUAGAAAAUCUCUUAAGCACAAGUCUCCUAUCCAUUUGGAGCGUGAGCGUUCGAGACGCAGGGCAGUACAUCUGCAUAGCCGAGAACGAGGCCGGCACCGCCCACAAGAGAUUCGAUCUCGUCGUGCGAGUGCCAGGUAAAUGGAGCAGUUGGUCAGGCUGGAGUUACUGCAAUGUGACGUGCGGACACGGCUAUCAGAAGCGCACGCGCCUCUGUCAAUAUAUAGACGACAGUGACAACAUGUAUGAUAAAACUACCCAAACAGAAAAAAUAAUUUUAGAAGAGUCCGCUUGCAAAGGCAGCACUGUGGAUAGAAGGAAAUGUCACAUGCCACCAUGUGAGGAGGAAGUAUCUUUAUCGCACUGGUCUGCUUGGUCUCGCUGGUCUGCGUGUUCGUCGCGUUGCGGGUCCGGCACGCAGACGCGCACGCGCACGUGCAAAGGACGCGCCUCUUGUAGCGGAGAUAACGUCCAGAUAAGGAAAUGUCCGAGCCUUCCUCCGUGUCGGACGAGCUCUUCGACGAACGACGUAUACGGCGGUGCAAUCGUCAACAGAAAUUCGAAAUUGGAUUAUUUGCCGGAGUUAACAUUUGAAUUGCAACCAGAAACUCGGAGCUCUGUAGCGGGAGAUUACGACGACUAUUACUCGACGUAUUCGUCAGCAAAUAAACCGUCUCCAUAUUACGAAGUGAAGGUGACGGAGAACUUGGACGAGAGCGAUCGCGGUCCCUGCGCCCCCGGCCUCUGGCACGACCGAGCCGACGACGUGUGUCUCGAUAUAGACGAGUGCACCCUAGACGCGAACCGGUGCCAUAUAACCCAAGUGUGCACGAACAUAGUCGGUGGGUAUCGGUGUUCGUGUCCCAGGGGCUACAUGUCGCUCGGGGCUGGACAGCGCUGUUUAGACGUGAACGAAUGUGAGCAGAAGACUUCCGGCUGUGAGUUCGCGUGCGUGAACACGGCGGGAGGAUUCGCGUGCGCAUGUCCCGCGAAUCUGCGCCUGCACGAGGACAGACGUCGCUGUGUGCCGCGUGUGCCCUCGUCCGACGACUUCGGGGAGGAGUAUUUGAGUACGUCACUAGACUUCCCCAGCCGAGCGAGAGGUUGAUACGAGAAAAUGUAACGUCCCGUUCGUGACUGUUUUUUAUACUUUCAAUUUGUAAUUUGAAAGAAAGAAAGAAAAAGCUUUAUUAUACACAAUAUACAGGAUGUUUAGCUCUUUAUAACAUAAAAAAAAAGUACUUAAUUGGUAUUCCUAACUUAAGUCUCUAUAUUUUUUGUAAGUUUCGACUUCCCUCCAUUAUGUUGCGCCUUUUAUAGUACAUUUUAUAGUUUUAAUUUAUAACUUAAUAAAAUUACCUUUUAGUCAUAAUGUGUGGUUGAAAAAGAUUGGAGAAUUUUUUUUGAGACAAAUUUAAUUUUUAUUUAUAAUCCCUAUUAAAGCAUUUUCAUUAUAUAUCUUAAACAAGAUAAAGAUUUAAUUUAAAGGAAAUUCUUCAUAGGAGAAAACUUUAUUAUUCAUAUUGCUCUCGCUCACUUUAUCCAUAUGAUUUGUGUAAAUAAAUAUAUUUCUUUAACCAACAAAUAUUUAACAUUCUUAUACCUUCUUAUUACAUGCUUCUAAUUUGCAUUUCACACAGACUAUACGUGCCUAAUCUAAAAGUGAAAAUCAUGCUCUCUUAUCUCUUAUACCUUCUCUUUGUAAAUCAAUCAACUGAGACCUUGUAGCGAGACCGAUUCAUUCUAAUUUUCUUUAGAAGGCGUACUUUUAUUUUUCUCUAUGUCUUUUGCGACCAUAAUUCAUACAUGCGUGAACUGAAGUGCUAAUUAAUAUUAAAGAAUGUGUAGACGACAAGUUAAGUGACGAUAGGUGGCAGACGAUCGUUGCAGAAUAUUUUCUUGAUCGGUCCACGUUUUGGAUCGAGUACUCUUUCGUCGUAUUUGCGCGGAAUAUUUCUGAAACGAAACGUUUUGCUAUAAAUAAGACCUCUCUUAAAUAUUCUGUAAAUAACACAAAACUCACUGCCAAUACGCUCCGUUUCUCUGAAGGCGCGAAAUGUUGUUUUGACAAAUCAUCAACUCGUUCUGCAAAUACGUGCGUUGAUCGUUGACUCUCACGAAUAACUAAAAUAACAAUAUCCCAUUGUUUCAUAUCAUAUAGCUCAAUUUGAAUUUGGGGAGAAUUAAGGAAUUUUAUCCGCGACUGUGAUUAUGAAAUUUGUUUACAUACCUUAGAUUCCGAAUCCAGCCUCCACUCCUUACUGCGCAAAGUGCUCACGAGAUCAGUCUUUAAUCUUUCAAAACGUUUAACCGUACGCAGUAACUCCGCCUGAAAUUAACAUACAUCUCAACUAAAAAAAAAAUAUUCUGCCAAACAUCACACAAGUUAAAAUGAGGACAAUCAAAUUAUGAAAAUGUGUUAUAGAAAGGAUACAGACGUGUCACAAUGACGUGAGAACGUAUAAAGGCGCAGCGCUAACCAGAUCCAUGCAACUUCCUCACAAUCGAGCUGCACGCAAUAUCGCAGCACACAACUCCGGAUGGAACGUUUCGAAGAAGUCGCAUGGGUCCGAAUAUACAAUGUUAAUACAUAGAUAGCAAUUAAGUAACAUAAACAAGCAAACCAAAACGUAUUAAUCCGAACGACUGCUUGAACACUGUCCAUGGUAAAUGCCGUAGAAGAUAGAGACGCCAAAUCCCUAUAACCCACCAAGCGAUCGAGUAAUUCAGUCGAGUAGAAAGUGCUAGGGAGCUCCAGCCCAGAGGUGAGAACAGUACCUACUGCAUGGCAAGUGCAUGCAUGCGAUGUCUCGGAAUGAAGUACCGUCUUGCCUUGUUGAGCACACCAGGCUUUUGGAGGCUUAUUUAGCAUUAUAAAACGUACCUAUACGUAGUAUAUAAGAUUAAAGAUAUUUACCGGAGUUAGAAUAUCUAAAUUUAUAUUUAGGUCAUCAUGCUUAAGCUUGCAAUCUGAAAAGAAAAUAUAAUAUUUAUACUAAAAUUACUAAUAGAUAGUAUUAUAAAAAAGGUAAAGUUGUGUGAGUUUGUUUAUAAUGAAUUUCUGGUACCUAUUUUGGCUAAUUUUUUUCAUCAGUUUCUAAUUAUGUAUUUCCACGCCAACGAAGCCUCGGGAAAAAAUUAACAAAAAAAAUCCUUCAAAUAAUAACCGUUAAUCGGAAUGCGAUAUUUGAAGAAUCAAAUCAGUGAAAAUAAAUGUAUCUAUUAGAAAGGAUCUUUAUCGCCAUACGAAAAAAAGGGUAGAAAUAGAGAAAGUCAAAAAAACAACACUACAAGAUGUUGUGAUCCAUGUAGUGGAACAUGCGCUGAUCCAUGAAGAGUGUAGACAAAAUUAAUUAUCCCUAUCCAGUACCUGGUCCACAACCUUUAGCAUUUUUUAUUUUUUCUCUCAGGAAUGGGAGUUGUUCACGCAAAGUUUCGAUGGCUUCCAGUAACUGUCGGUGCCUUGCGCUUUCUUUCUGCAAAUCGUUAUCGAAGUCCCAAGGGUAAUCAACUUUGCGCAAAUCCUCUUGAAUACAAACGAUUUGUUUUUCUAGCUCACCAUUCUGCCAUGAUGCUGUUUCUCUACAUAAUAUGAAAACAGUAUAUAAGAACUAAGUAAUGAUAAAAUAAAAAUAUGUAAUAGACUGUUA